AUGUGGAAGGGCAUUGAGAUUGCUCGAGGGGUGGACUCUACAACCCAUUCUCACUUUGUUGAUAACACCUAUCUUUUUGGUGUAGCCUUUAUGCACGAGGCUUUAGUUAUGAAGAAAGUGCUGAACAGAUUUAGUUGGGCCACUAGUCAGGAAAUAAAUUGGCUCAAAUUGGAGAUUUUUUUCUUCAAAAUGGAAUGUUGGUCCCAGAGAGAUAUUGCUAGACUGUUUGGGAUAAAGAUUGGACAACUGCCUGGUAAGUUCCUUGGAAUGCCGCUCUUUUCUGGAGCUGUUAAGACGGACCUUUGGAAAGGGUUGCUAGAUGGUUGCAAAGCAAAGAUGGAGGGAUGUAAGAGAAAGUGGUUUUCCUUGGCUGGUCCUCUUCUGAUACUGAAGUUAGUUAUCUCAGCUAUGACUAUCUUCCCUAUGAACUAUUUUAAACUUCCAGGUUCGAUCAUUAAGAAUAUGCAACAGAAGAUGAGAAAGUUUUUUGUGGAAUGGAAAUCAAGAACAGGACAAAAUUCUGCUUAUGGCUUGGGACAGAGUUUGAAAACCCAAAGGAGGUGGAGGGGCAGGGCUCCGUGA